AUUGUGUGCCAAAAUGGUGUCGUAGCUUCUCCAACAGCGCCGCAACGCGGAACUUUCUUUACGUUGUGAACGGUUGUGCUUCGCGUCCUUCUCCGCGAAGUAUUUUAUAUCUGUUGAAAUUAAAAGAAAUCCUUUGGAUUUCAAGUUAGAAAAAUGGUGCAGAAAAAGCCAAAGAAGAAGGUGGGAAAGAAGGUAGCUGCCGCACCAUUGGCAGUCAAAAAAGUUGAGCCAAAGAAGGUGACCAACCCACUCUUUGAGAAACGUACACGCAACUUUGGUAUUGGUCAGGAUAUUCAGCCAGCACGUGACCUGAGCAGAUUUGUAAGAUGGCCCAAGUAUAUCCGUAUCCAGCGACAAAGAGCUGUAUUGCAAAAAAGAUUGAAGGUACCACCUACUAUCAAUCAAUUCACUCAAACUUUGGAUAAGCAAACAGCUACACAGCUGUUUAAAGUGUUGGAAAAAUAUAGACCUGAAACUGCAACCAUGAAGAAGGCGAGACUAAAGGCAAGAGCUGAACAAAAAGUCGCGAAAAAAGAAGAUACACCUACAAAGAGACCAAAUGUCAUCCGUAGUGGAACCAACACGGUUACCACAUUGGUUGAGCAAAAGAAGGCUCAGUUAGUUGUUAUUGCGCAUGACGUCGAUCCAAUUGAGAUUGUAUUAUUCCUGCCUGCCUUGUGUCGCAAGAUGGGUGUCCCAUACUGUAUCAUUAAAGGCAAGGCGCGUUUAGGACGUUUGGUUCGACGCAAGACCUGCACAGCAAUUGCCCUUACUCAAGUUGAUUCUGGUGAUAGAGCCAACUUCGCAAAGAUCGUCGAAGCUAUCAAAACGAAUUUCAAUGAUCGUUAUGAUGAAAUCAGACGUCAUUGGGGUGGCGGUAUAUUGGGAAGUAAAUCUUCAGCGAGGAUAGCGAAAUUGGAGAAAGCAAAGGCCAAGGAACUCGCCCAAAAACAAGGUUAAUAUUGUAACCUGUAUCUUCCACAGAUUACAUUUAACAAUAAAGAAUAAAAUACAUUUGCAUCUA